CAACUUCAAGGGCGCAAAUGCGAUCGAGCACAACCAAAAGCUCGCCUGCAAUUUUUGGCCACGCACAGCACUUCCCUUCAUUUUCUUCCAGACUCACCAGAGCUGCUGGUAACUCUGAUCACCUGGCGCCAAGCCCUAAGGCUCAUCUGCAUGCCGAACUGCAUGCCAUCGACGGUCACCAGCAAGCCCUCCUGAUUUCACGUCACGUUUCCCUCAUUUGAAACACCACCUUGCCGACAGCCAGAAGGUAAAACCCCACCAUGCUGUCUGCAUUCGCUCUUUUCGUGAUCGCACUGGCGAUCCGGCCACUUGUUGGAGUCUGGGCUGCUGCCCUCGACGGCUCAGGUACUGGUCAUCCCGGCACCAUCUCACUGAAGCAAGUGCGCAACCCGAAUUUCGUCCGCAAUGGCCCGAUCCAGCUCGCCAAGAUCUACCUCAAGUACGGUGCCCCUGUCCCGGACGACCUUGAAGCAGCUGUGGCUCGGAUCCGGGCCAAGGCAGGCAAGCGAUCGACUGGCAGUGCCGAGGCAAAGCCCGAGGCGAACGACGUCGAGUACUUGGUGCCGGUUUCCAUCGGCACCCCGGGGCAGGUGCUCAACCUCGACUUCGAUACCGGAUCGAGCGACCUUUGGGUGUUCAGCUCUGAGACUGCCAAGAACGAGGUCAAGGGACAAGCGAUCUACGACCCGGGUAAAAGCUCGACGGCCCAGAAGUUGCAGGGCUACACCUGGCAAAUUGCAUAUGGCGAUGGCAGCACGUCGAGCGGAGACGUCUACCUCGACACCGUCACAGUUGGCGGCCUGACAGUAUUGUCCCAGGCGGUUGAGGUUGCUCAAAAGGUAUCGGAAGAGUUUACCUCCGACGCCAACAACGACGGUUUGGUCGGUCUCGCCUUCAGUUCCAUCAACACUGUGGAGCCCGUCGCGCAAAAGACCUUCUUCGACAACGCUUUACCCAGUCUCGAUGCUCCCCUCUUCACUGCUGACCUCAAGGCCGGUGCGGCGGGCCGUUUCAAUUUCGGCUACAUCGAUCCCAGCGCCUAUACGGGCAACAUCACAUACGUCCCCGUCGACAGCCGUAACGGCUUCUGGGAGUGGACAUGCUCGGGAUAUGCGAUCGGUUCGGAUAGUUUGAAGAACACCACGUUCCAAGGCAUUGCGGACACGGGUACGACCCUGCUUCUUCUGCCUAGUUCCGUGGUCUCGGCAUACUACGGACAAGUUAGCGGCGCAAAAUACGAUCCCAGCCAGGGAGGAUACACGCUUCCGUGCAGCGGAUCAGCCCCCGACUUCAGUUUUGGCGUCGGCAACAAUGGCGCCAGAGUCACCGUCCCAGGCGGCUAUGUCAAGUAUGCCCCAACGGAAUCUGGCUCGCAGACGUGUUUUGGGGGGAUCCAGCCGGAUACCGGCAUCGGAUUUUCCGUCUUCGGAGACGUCGCACUGAAAGCUGCCUUUGUCGUCUUCGACGGCGGUCAGAAAACCCUGGGAUGGGCGCCCAAGAUCCUGUCCUCGGCCAAAGGCUGAGAGGAACUCCAGCCAUCGGCGGCUGAUGAUUCCUGAGCUGAGUCUGGGCUGCAAUCCAGGCCAACCACGGAAUGCCUGAACUUCAUCCACUGGUAUUUGCGAAACACAUUGCUAGAUAUCGGUACAUCUGCUGGCGGGACUUCGCUUUUUCGCAUGAAGAGUCCUGCAAUCACAAAUGAGCAUGCCUCAGCCAGUUUAAACGGAUG